UCAUAUUCAAUUAGAAACUCAAAGAAACAGUUAAACUGAAUCAAAGACCACUUCAACAUUCAACUCGAGAGUUCUUGUCGUCUCUUUUUAUUUUGAUUCAUUGACAUCUCCACCACAAAAAAGUCUCCAACUUUUGUUUUGGGUUUUUGUGGGUUCUUGAUUUUUUUCUUCAGAAGAUGGCUUUGAAUCGAAUCGACCCACAAUCUGCAGCUGAGAAAGCUGUUUCUGUUAUCGGGUUUGGUUAUGAUUUAACCCAUGAUUUAAGAUUAUCUACAUGUAAACCCGGUCCUUCUGGUUCUAAAUUAAUCGACAUCGACUCAGGUAUUACCCGAGACCUUGUUAUUCCGGGUGGGAUUGUUGUCAGAAAUGUUUAUAGUGGGAUUAAAUGUGAUAAAGGUGAACGAACCAGAUUCCGGUCCGAUGUUUUAUCUUUUAACCAGAUGUCGGAGAAGUUUAAUCAGGAUGUUGGUUUAUCGGGGAAAAUUCCGUCAGGAUUGUUUAAUAAUAUGUUCGACUUCAGGGGAUUAUGGCAGAAAGAUGCAGCUUCUGUGAAAAGUUUAGCUUAUGAUGGUUGGUUUAUAUCCUUAUAUAACAUUGAGUUAGAAAGAUCCAACAUUUCUUUGUCUGAACAGAUAAAACAGGAAGUUCCUACUUCAUGGGAUGCUGUUGCUCUUGCUGACUUCAUUGAGAAAUAUGGGACUCAUAUUGUUGUUGGAGUAAAGAUGGGAGGUAAGGAUGUAAUAAACAUAAAGCAGCUACAGAAGUCAAAUUUGCAGCCUCCUCAAGUGCAGAAAUUGUUAAAGAAAUUAGCUGAUGAGAGGUUUUCGGAAGAGGGAUAUGUUGCUGAAUUGCCAAGAAAAUCCAAGAAUGAACCUCCAAUGCCAUGGGAUCUCCGACAAGGAUUCACUUCAACUAGGCCGCCUGUUGUAACUCCCAUAAAGAACGAGGAUGUAAUGAGUAUUGCUGUUCGGAGAGGAGGCGUAGAUAUCGGCCAGAGUCAUAAUCAGUGGCUCUCAACUAUACUGCAAUCACCCUAUGUCAUUUCAAUGUCCUUUGUGCCUAUAACUUCUCUCUUGACUGGUGUCCGUGGCAACGGGUUUUUGAGUCAUGCCGUAAAUCUUUACCUUCGAUACAAACCACCUAUAGAGGAACUGCAACAGUUUUUAGAGUUUCAAUUGCCUCGACAAUGGGCUCCGGUCUAUGGGGAUUUGCCUCUCACUCUUAAGCGCAGAAAGCAAGCAUCCCCGUCUCUUCGAUUUUCCUUUAUGGGCCCGAAGCUGUACGUCAACACUGUGCAGGUUGAUUCCGGAAAUAGACCGGUGACAGGAAUCCGCUUAUACUUGGAAGGCAAGAGAAGUGACCAUCUGGCUAUUCAUAUUCAGCACCUGUCAACUCUUCCGAAUACUAUUCAACUCUCUGAUGACCAUAGCUACGAGCCUGUUGAUCAACCUCUAGAACGAGGUUAUUUCGAACCUGUCAAUUGGAGCAUUUUCUCGCAUGUUUGUACUGCUCCAGUGCAGUAUAAUGGAGCCCGCAUAGAUGACUCUGCUUCUAUAAUGACAAGGGUCUGGUUUGAGGUUAAGGUUAUUGGGAUGAAGAAAGUUCUGUUCUUGAGACUUGGGUUCUCAAUGGUCGCAUCGGCUCGGAUUCGCAGGUCAGAAUGGGAAGGACCGUCAAGUUUAUCACGCAAGUCAGGACUUUUUUCUGCGUUGAUCAGCACGAGAUUCAGUGCUGGACUGACACCGCUGCCUGAAAGUCCAGACAAAGUGGACCUAAAUUCUGCAAUUUAUCCUGGAGGUCCGCCCUUACCGACAAAGGCACCUAAAUUUUCAAACUUUGUCGACACAAAAGAAAUGGUUAGGGGUCCGGAGGACGCACCUGGAUAUUGGGUAGUCACUGGAGCCAAGCUUUGUGUAGAAAGUGGUAAAAUUUCAAUCAAAGUAAAGUAUUCAUUGUUAGCUAUAAUGUCAGAGGAAUCGAUGAUGUUGAUAUGAGGAGACUGAAACCAAAUAGUUCAUAUUCUGUUGUAAAUGGCAAAAGAUGUACAUUAUUGUUUGCUCAGAUUCAAUUUCUUACAGAAAUGAAAAUUUCAGUGGAAGCCUUUGCUUCAAA